ACUGUAGCUCAUGCACGCGUCCACUGACUCUGUUGUACGCCUCCCUGCUUUUUGUAGCUCCAGACAGCAUUGAAACAAUGUCAGGAGGGAUAGAUUAGAAUGGUGUCGUCUUUGGUACGGCUUCGUGGCUGGUAAAUGAUCGAGGUCCGACCGUCCAGGGAGUACAAAGCGCUUCGUAAUGCCCCAUUAGUCCAGUGUGUUUCUUUCUGAACAAUCAGCCUCGAAGGAAUUAGUUUCGUAGAUGGUUUGAAUUUGAUGAGUUUUCCAUGAUUUUCAUUCAAUAACAAUGGGUGCUCGUGUGUCAUCGACAGAGGAUGAAAGGCCAAAUUCAUCAAGUAGACAUCGAUGCGGCAGUGCUGAUGGACCGUCCACUCGUCCCUCUCCCUCUGGGUCCCUGUCAAUGCGAAGGCACCACAGUCGACGAUUGACUUCUGACAAUGGACCUCAUCCACCACUUUCGUUGCCUCUGUCAUCUCAGCUGGAGGAAAACUAUCCUAUAGUUUGUGUGGGGUUGUGUGUUGAAGGUGUUAAGUGCCCGUCGUGUUCCAAGCAAGUGAAGGUUGAGAAUAUCGAGGACCACCUGAUGGAGUGCCUGUCCAAGCCGCGGGUAUCCUACAAUGCGGAUACGCUAACAGUCGCUGCUGGUGAGUGCAUCAUCUGUUUUGAAGAUAUGGAAGUUGGCAAUGUGAUUGCCCGCCUGCCUUGUCUCUGCCAGUUCCACAAAACUUGCAUCGACAAGUGGUUUGAUGUGCACCGAUGUUGUCCGUCUCAUCCCGACAUGGCUACGUCAUGAGACGCCAUGCUCACCGUUAACCGUCCGUUCCGAUCAAUAAUAAUCCGCUCUACUGCUAAUCCCCGCUCUGCAAGGAGCCCCAUCAAGUUACUGCUCCUCUCAUCUGAACCGGGUCAGUCGGAUCUUCUCCAAUAAUUUAUUUCUCACAAUACCUUCAUCAUGCUCGAACUUCUAACUAACCAACACUCGCCGUUCCUGAUCUAACAAGCCACCACCGCCUACUAUCUCGCUGCUGCAGCAGCCGCACCAAUAGUGUGUAGUUGCUCCGUGUAAAUACCUCUGCUACGUGUGUCCGUCCCGCUGUGUGUAUGUGUGUGUGUACAUGUGUGUGUGUGUGUGUGUGUGUACAUGUGUGUGUGUGUGUGUACAUGUGUGUGUGUGUGUGUGUGUGUGUGUGUGUGUGUGUGUGUGUGUGUGUGUGUGUGUGUGUACAAGUGCGUGCAUGUGUGUGUGUGUGUGUGUGCUUCUAUUCGUUUGUACAUAGGCAUGUUUGUCCGCUACCUUGCAGCCGUGCUCUUCAUCCUUCAUUUGUCUUUGUGUGUUUGUACAGCCCUUUGGUCAAAGUGUUCCCCUCCUGCUACGUGUCUGUUGUGCUAUUGUUUUUCAAGCUGCACAGGCUAACUGACUGCACUGGGCAUUCCCGGGCUUUUUCGCAUGCAGUGUAAAUGUUCUAACUGGCCCAUCAUCAUCUUGAUUAUCUCUCCUGGCCCUACUCUGCAUCGCACUGCCCGUGGUGGUGGUGGUGGUGUGUGUAUGGGUGUCCAGUGAGUGCUCUGUCCCCGCUGCCUUGACUAC